CCAGUAUACCGAAACUUCCUCGUCUCCCCCCGGAUACCCCCAGAAAUUGUCUUACAAACGAUCCAACACAUUCCCUUCAGCAACGGCGCCCUGAUAUCUGCUCUUCGCAAUGCACACCCACGGCUCCGCGCACUAUUCAGCACAUACGAACAAUCACUCACACGCCAAUUUAUGCAGACUGAGCUUCGCCACGCCGAACGCGACUUUCCAUGCGAGCAAGGCGCCUUCAGUCUCACCUGGCUAGCCUCAUGCGUCCGAACCUACGACAUCAUAGACGACAUAAUGGACGCUCUCUGCUCCCCCCACAACUUCACCGCUAUCACACCUCACAAUGUGUUUCUGGGCUACACUGGUUUCUUACUUUUACACCGGAUAUCGUUGCUCGAGAAGACUGGGGGUGACGCACAACGCUACAUCGAGUCCCUACAAAAAGACGCAUUAACUGCUAUAUACCUCUCCCUCCACCACUCCACCCUCGCAGCGCGCUACCACGGCUCAGGCUGGAUCAACCAGCGCACAUACGGGGUUUCCAUGUCAUCUGAGCACCUCUCUCUACGCAACGAGCUGGAAUUCUGUUUUGCGGAAGCGGCGCUGAGCGAGGGCCCGGAAUUUGUGUCAGAUACGUUGCUGCUGCAUCGUGAGCGGUCGGAUUGCGAAGUGGUGUUGCUGAAUUUUUAUCAUGAGUAUGGGGUGCGUGGUUGGGAGGGGCCGUGUGAGGGGGCAAAGGGGGGGUUUGAGCCGCCGAGGACGCAGGGGCCGAGGAGGGAGGGGGAUAGGAAGAGCUUGUGGGUGACGGUGCUGAAGUGUUUGGCGGGAUGGAUGCGGUGUGAAGUGGGGAGUGUGAGGGAGAGGGUGGAGCGAGAGCUUGAGAGUACGGAGCAUCGUUUGGCGAAUCUGACUCUGGGCGGGAAGGAGUGGUUGUUGCGGGGCAGGGAUUUG